AUGAUACAAUACACAUUCGCAGUAGCUCACGGCGAAGCGUACGACUCCAACAGAGGACAGAGACAGUCCGUGCAAGGCCUGCGUUACGGAGCGGAAACCAAGAUGACCCAAAAAUACGGCAUAACGUGGUCCGCUGGUGGAAGGUCUAGACCACAAGAACCCCCUGAAACAAAAGCCUUUACACGCUUGUUGGUUGGACAGUACAACCUUGCUCUUUCCGGGGUUGCCUUUCUCACUUUUUCAACUGAUCGUGUAGACCCUGCAGCAGCCCGUCCCGCCCGUCAUUGGGGAUACCUGGGCAUCUGCAUCUUCCUCAACGUCUACGCUAGGGGGGUGCUAGUGGUUAUCGAGAUCUCUGGGGGCAUCAUCCACUUCGCUUUCUUCGUUGCCACGGUCGUGACUCUCGCAAUCAUGGGCUUUGACGGAGUGCUUCAUCCAAGCCAAGAGAUGAAGAACGCCCCAAAGAAAGUGCCGAUAAGCAUGGUGCUCGGCGUCGUCAUUAACACCGUUAUCGCGUUUGGCUUCGUCCUGACCCUCCUAUUCUUUAUCGGCGACGUUGAGAGAGUUGGUACGACGACCACCGGAUACCCAGUCAUAGAGCUGUACUAUCAGGCUACCGGCUCAAAAGCGGGCGCCACGGUGCUGACUUGCUUCGUUAUCAUCCCGGCUGAAGCGUGUCAAUUCAACCUGUUCGCAUCUGUUAUCCGCUUGGUCUGGGCAUUCGCAAGCGACAGUGGGCUGCCGUUCUCAAACCUCUUUAGCUAUGUGCAUCCAACUCUUCGCAUUCCUACGCGAGCUCUCUGCUUGGUCGGCGUCAUCUGCGUGCUAAUCAGCCUCAUCACGGCCGGCAGCACUGCUGCCUUCUUCGCCAUCAUCUCGCUCAACGCGCUAGCCCUCUACAUCUCGUACCUUAUCCCCAUUCUCCUAGUCUUGCUCCGCAAACUGCAAGGGCAGCAUACACCCUACGGCCCUUUCAAGUUCGGCCGUUUCGGCAUCCCCAUCAACAUCUAUGCGGUCUGCUGGUGCGUAUUUGUCUGCACCUGGCUGCUGUUCCCCGUUAUGGUGCCUGUCACGGUCGAUACGCUUAACUGCUCUGGUCCGAUCAUGGGUGCGAUUAUAGUAUUCGUGCUGGCGGCUUGGUUCAUUUCUGGGCACAAGCGAUUUCGGGUUCCGACCAAUCCGAAUGAUGAUUGA